CGGAAGCCCCAUGUUUAGCGGAAUAGUGGAAUAAGCUCAACCGAUUGAAUUGAACAUCCUUUCCGCCAUUCCUUCUUUUUUUCGGCUUGACCAAGUUAGCAUCCAAGCUGCUAAACUCGCCAUGUCUGCACUACGCAUUCUAGUGCCCGUAAAGCGGGUAAUUGACUAUGCGGUCAAACCGCGCGUCAACAAGGCCCAGACAGGCGUCGAGACGGCCGGUGUUAAACACUCUAUGAACCCAUUCGACGAGCUCUCCGUCGAAGAAUCAGUGCGCAUCCGCGAGAAGAAGUCGGCCCCCGGAGGUGUCGAGGAUAUCUGCGUGAUCUCGGCGGGCCCCGCUAAGUCGGCCGACGUAUUGCGUACUGCCAUGGCUAUGGGUGCCGACCGUGGUGUCCAUGUCGAAGUUAAAGAAGGCGAGGACCUAGAGCCCCUCGGCGUGGCUAAGCUAUUACGUGCUGCCGUAGAGAAAGAAAAUAGCAAUUUAGUUAUCCUUGGAAAGCAGAGUAUCGACGAUGAUGCGGCGCAGACGGGCCAGAUGUUAGCGGGACUUCUGGGAUGGCCUCAAGCCACGCAGGCUAGCCGUGUGGUGUUCGGCGAAGGCGAUAAAGUCGAGGUCACAAAGGAAGUAGACGGUGGCGUAGAGACGGUGCGCGCGAAGUUACCGAUAAUUAUCACAACGGAUUUACGUAUUAAUGAACCACGAUACGCGAGUCUGCCGAAUAUUAUGAAGGCUAAGAAGAAGCCACUGGUUAAGAUGAGCUUGAGUGAUUUGGGCGUUGCGAACGAGAGGCGGUUGAAGGUUAUUAAGGUUACAGAACCCCCACCGAGGCAAGGAGGUGGUAAGGUCGAAGACGUAGAUGGAUUGGUUUCUAGGUUGAAGGAGCUAGGCGCGAUAUAACUUAUAAAUCAAGCAUUGCUUAGAAGCUAGGUUGAUUUUUACAUUGCCCAAGUUAGACUUCAGUACAGGGUCAAUCGGUGUACAUGUGGAAGACAAACACUUGGCUCUCGAGCUAAAGCUACGAACGGAGAAACAACUCGAGUUCCAACAGUGCUUAUACAGAUUAAGGCAGGUUGGAGAGUUAAGGCGCCGCAAGGUCAAUACAAAGCAAAUAAACUCACAAUUUCUAUUUUUAGUCUUUGAAUUAGCCAGUGAUAUUAUGUAUCUUAUAGAUAUCUAAUCAUUCUGAGA